AUGCUCCGAUCACCCAUAUAUAAAGGCGAAACUGCUAUCAUUGGCGAUUUAGGGAUAAGUAAACCAGUAUCAUCUGAAGAAGAUGAUAAUGAAAUUUAUGGGAUUAUUCCUUAUGUUGCUCCGGAGAUUUUUCUAGGUCAAAAAUAUACUAAAGCUUCAGACAUAUAUAGUUUUGGUAUGAUUAUGUGGGAAUUCUUGACAGGUAGAAGGCCUUUUUGGGAUAAAAUUCAUGACACAGAGCUUAUUAUUGAUAUUUGUGAUAAUAUUCGUCCUGAAACCGAUAUAAAUGCACCCGAAGGUUAUAUUGAAUUGAUACAAUCAUGUUGGGAUUCUGUUCCAUAUAAUAGACCAACGGCCGAUGACAUAAUAUCGAAAAUUAAGAAUAAUCGGAAAUUCGAGGAUUAUAGUAUAACCAAUUAUAAACAUAGGCUCAAACCUGACGGUAAUAGUAAAUGGAUAAUUAAUGUUUACGUAUAG